AUGCAUCUGCCUUCUCUUCUAGCUGGGAUAUCCAUCCUAGGAUAUGUCACCGCAGCUCCGGUACUUUCUGAGCUUCAUGAACGAGGUCCUCCAGGUGGAUAUUAUGAUAUACCCUCAAGUUCAGACGAAGAAUGUAUGCAACCAUACGAACCAGUUGAUUGGAAAGAUCCCGUGAGCCAGAGGCCAUGGGACGUUGCAUGCGCCAACUGCAUCACCCAAUGCGCGAGACGAAUUACAGGAUUACAAGGUUUUGUGCUCGGCGUGACAGUCUUGACAAUCCCACAAUACCAUCAAGUCAACUUGUGUGGAGUUCAAUGCGUUGGUUCGGAAAGUGACAAAGGCCCUUGUUAUGGAGGAGCCUCAAUUGGUAACUUAAGAUCACAGGCGGCAGUCAUAACGUAUUGGUUAAAAGCAGGAAAGAAUGCUCAGGGUAAAAAACUGGUACCUGGUGUCGGUGCAUCUUCGCAGAAUGAAACCCCAGCAUCAGGCUGA